AUGAUCUACGAAGUCAGGACCUAUACCCUGGAACCCGGAACAGUUCCCCAGUUUGAAGAGAGUUUUGCCGAGGCAUUGCCACACCGUGAAAAGUAUUCACCCCUGGCUGCUUUCUGGCACUCCGACAUCGGUGUCCUCAAUCAGGUAGUCCACGUUUGGGGAUAUGAGGACCUGCUGGAAAGGGGAAAAAUUCGGGCAGAGGCCACCAAAGACCCCAACUGGCCACCCCGGGAUACCAGCAUGAUAAUGAAUAUGGAGUCUGAAAUCUGGAAUCCAGCGCCCUUCAUGCGACCUUUGGGCGGCGGUCAGGAACUGGGCGAUGUCUACGAGAUGCGGAUUUACACCUACAAGCCCGGCUCUAUCCCCGAACUUCUGAGUAGGUGGGAAAAGGCUCUCCCGUGGCGCGAACAGUUCUCGCCCUGCGUCGCGGCCAUGCAUACUGAACUGGGCGCGUUAAACCGCUGGAUGCACAUCUGGCCUUACAAGGACUUGAACCACCGGAACGAGAUCCGCAAGGCCUCCAGCGGGACUCCCAAUUGGCCCUCGGGAGCCCCGGGCCGAAUCCGGCAGGAAAACAAGAUACUAAUCCCCGCUUCCUUCUCUCCCAUGCGCUAA